CGCAGGCCGGUAAUGAUCAAGUGCAAAGGUUUAGUGCAGUAAUCAAGGAUAGUUGAUCUUCCAAUAAAACAUGACAACUUCCCAGCCGGUAGAAAUUCGCAUAUCUGCCCCAGGAAAAGUUAUUUUACACGGCGAACAUGCUGUAGUUUAUGGAAAGGUCUCUUAAAACAAAUUUUUAUUAAAUUAACGAAUUAUUCAUCAUCCACCGUAGAUGUACGUGUCUGUUAUUACAUUACAUUCAUUACAUUGUAAUUAAAAGUAUAAUAAAUAAUAUAAUUAUGUUUAUGAAACUUAAUGUAAAGUACUAAGCAAUCCCUCUUAUUUGUUCCUUGCGGGUGCAUGCCAUUCACAAAGUGUAGUGUGGGCGAAGGUAGACAGUAGUAGUGUGGGAGACUAAUUAGGUGGGAUAGUCUUUACUGACUGUAUCUUUUGCUGUAAUGUUUCUCUUAUGUAAACCACUCGGUGUGACUGCGACUAAGCACACCCCACUGUCUAUUUCUGUGGAUUCUCACGCCUCCAUCAGCUCAUGGGCAUGGCAUGUAUUGGUUGUCUUCCUCUCUUUCUAUUGCAUCGGUUCAUUAACAGAGACAUAUGCAAUACUUUUAUUGGCCUGUUUUACUUUAAUUCUCGUAUCACAGUGUGGUCCACAGCAGUGCCGUCUUAAGGCAUGGGCACACUGUGCAGUUGUCCAAAGCCUUUUGCACUUCUUAGUCUAAGGGGCCUCACAGUUCUAGCGGCAUAAACUUGCCUAUGCCCAUAUUGUUAAUGGAUAUUGAAAGAACUUUAGCUAUUUAAUGAAUAAUAUUCUUUAAAAGUCUAGAUAGGAGCAGGUUUUCUCAAGUUUUAUGACUUUCAAUUUCAAAUUAAUUCCAAUUCCUUUCAGUACUAGUUUCAUAAAUAUUUAUCAAUUAAAAAAAUUAAGUUUUUAGGAAGGAAGAGGUGGGGGCACAAAAUGUUUUAAAAACAAAUCAAAGAAGUUACUUCUUCCCCUUCCGAUGAAAUUGUCUGAAAGAAACACUGUUAAAAACUCAUGGGCUAACCUGGACCCCAAAUGCUCUUCCUAACGUUACUUGAAUAGAUUUGAGAGGAAGAGGUGGAGUCAGUGCCCAGGGCCCUCAAUGCUGUUAUGAUGGCCCAGGUUUACAGAUCACUUCUUGAUCAAUCCCAUGGAUGGUCUUAUAUGGUCUUAAUUUUUAGGAUCCUGUUUGUUCAUAAAAACCUAAUUAUUUUCGUGUUGAGUUUGCUUGUAGUCCAUGUUUCACACACAUAGAUAGAGAACAAAUGAACAUUAUAAGCCUUGUUUUUAUCAUAAUUAUUUCAAUGGAUUCCUUUUUUUUAUUCAGAGUGUUUAAUUCUUCCGUCACUUUCUGGUUUUAUUCUCUUCCACUCUUCUCACUAAUGAUGACCCUCUCCGUGCCUGUCAGUCCUUUAUAUAUGUGGGUCUACCGACGCUUUUAGAAACGCCCUUACUUUUCUAAUACAAUCGAGAACGUUCUAUAAGCUACUAGUAGACAUACUAUCCAUGUUUAAUUGGUAGAGCGGUAGUAAACACGAUACUUCAAAGGUUAAGCCACGGCCACAACAAACGCUACCGUCUGCUAGGGAUCUAAUUUGGGUCAAGCCAAGUUCAAGCACCAGAAAAUAGUGUACUACAUAGCAACUUGGACACAGCGUAUGGCUAUGUUUAAAUUAUAGCAAGUAUUACAAAAAACUCAUUCUGAUAUUUUGUAAAAUCCAGAAUUACAAAUUUUUAAAACUUUUAAAACAUUUUUAAAAAUAUUUUUAAAAUUUGUGUACGACACAUUUUUAAAAUGUUUACAAUCUUGUUAACAAUAAAUAAUGCAAUAAAACUCCUCCAGGCGGCCAUUGCAGCAACAUUGAAUUUGAGGUCUCAUCUCACACUAAAGACAAGGUUAGAUUCAAUGAUCCAACUUGAGUUGCCUGAUGUGAAUAUAAAUGAGGAGUUUUCUGUUGCUGCACUACAGGAAGGUCUACAAAGCAUUGACUGUGGUCAGUUUUACAUAUUUUAUUUUAUUGUUUGUUUUUAAAAAAAUCUGUUUAUAUCUCCUCUUUAUUAGGAUUGGUACAGUGUUUUCAAAAUAUUUGUUUGGUAAAACUUUAUUUUGGAAAAUGUUGAGAUCAUGAAAUAUUACCAGUACAUGAAUUUAGUCAGAUAGUCAACAUCCUUGUCAUAAUCAGCUAAUCACCAUAAUUAUCAUAUAUAGAUAGUAAACAUAUCAGUCAUAAUCAGAUAUUCAACGUACAUGUCAUAAUUAGAUAGUCAACAUUCCUGUCACACAGGGUACAGCCAUCACUUGAUCUCAUUAUUUAUUUUGUUUAAAAGUAGUGUGUAUAUACAUAAUGUUUUGUGUCUCUUUUAUUCAGUAUUACAAAUAACAUUUUAAAUUUUACAAAUCAACAAAAAGUACCGGUACCAAAAAAGUAUGCCUCUUAUAAACAAAGAUUUGAAAUUAUUACAAAAUAUUAUGAUGGAUGAUGAUACUUCAACAAAUACACUCACAAAAAGAGAAUUAACCUAAAGAGUUCAAGCGUCACAUGAUUGUGUGCCACAAAUCUUUAUUUCAGAAAGUUACUAUGUGACUAUUUAAUAGGAUGUUAUCAACCACAUCCAUACUUUUUACAUAACUGAAUUAUUAUUUCUUAUUGUUUUAACAACUUUGCCUGUUACACUUAACUUAAUGCCAUUCUUAAUGAUUCUUUGGGCAAUGCCAAUGAAAUCUAUAGGCAACCAUUUAUGUUCUUACAGGCUCUGUCCAUGAUCCCAUUCCUGCUUCAGAGGAAGUAAUCUCUCUUAUUAAAAAGUUUGCUGGAAUAGACAUUGAGAAUAAUGAGACAAGAAUGCUUGCAAUAGUGGCCUUUCUUUUCAUAUACUAUGGCAUAUUUAAAGAAAAGAGGUAAAAAUGUUCUUAUUCGUUUCAAUUUCUUAAAAAUUUAAGAUGACCAAAGGAGAUUUAAUUUACUUGUAAAAUUGAAACUUCAAGAUUGUAUAAAGGAAACUUAGAAAUUCCCACUAGUUUCCAUAUUGUCAAUAAGCCCAAGAUUAAAUGAAGAAAAAAAUAAUUUUUAGAGUAAAAAAAAAAAAAAUUUCUUCAAAGUUAGGCACUCCAUUAUUGUCUCUUUAUUUUUCAUUCAUAGCAGUCUGCAACUUAAAGGAGUAAUAUGUUAAUAUUCUUAAUUCAUAAAUUUAUAGGGAAUUACCAGCAAUAUCUGUGUACAUCAAAUCAGAUUUACCAGUUGGAGCAGGUCUGGGCUCUUCAGCAGCCUUCUCUGUAUCUUUAGCAGCUGCCAUUCUACAGUUUGCGGGUUAUAUUGAUAGUAUAAAGGAGGCAGAAGGUGCUUCAACAUGGAGCACUUCGGACAAAAGAAAAAUAAACAAUUGGGCUUUUCUGGGAGAGAAGGUCAUACAUGGGAGACCCUCUGGCAUAGACAAUUCCAUAAGCACCUAUGGUAAUUUCAGUCUGAUUUCAAAUUAAUUUAAGUUACAUAUAUAAAUGGAGAACAAUUUUUUUCUUGUAUUUAUUAUUAUCAGAUCAUUUAAAUAUUUUAUUCUUUGUUUAGUAAUAUUUGCAUACCUGUCGCUAGUGAUAAAAUCAUAAAUGAGAAACUGCUCAGUUGAGCUGAUGGCUUUUUUUCCUGAUUCUCCAAGGAGGUGCUCUCAGAAUGCAGAAUGGUGAAAUUACUCAACUUGAUAAGUAAGUUGCCAAUUUUCCCUGUCUUAAUACUUUAUAACAUUUUUCCUUGCUUUUUUAGAAAAAAAUAUCAUGGUUCUUUACUGAAAUUUUUAUGCACUUAGGAGCUCUAAUUGGAUUUGUAUCACAAAGUAGUAUAAAAAUUGUCCAUCCUCUUUAUAUAUAUCUAUAGCGCUGUUGGGCAGCACAAUUUCUAAAUUUUUUACAUUUAUUUUUUCUGGACAAUGAUGGAAUUUAAAUCGUUAGAUAUUUUUUUUAUACCAGUUUCUUAAAAUUAUAAAUUAUAUGUUUCCUUCUUAAGUUUUAUGAUAAUAAAUAGUAUUACCAUUAUUUAAUUUGAAACCCCAUAAUUAAUUGAAUGUUAGAUUUAUAGCAAAAGAUAUUGUUUCAGAAUGCCAACAUUAUCAGUUUUGCUGGUCAACACUAAAGUUCCCAGAAGUACCAUGACUUUGGUGGCUGGAGUUAGACAGAAAUACAACCUUGUAAGGAAGUUUUUUUUCUUAACACUUAGGUCAAAGUGUUAGAUCUAGUUGUUGUUGCUUUUUUUUUUCUUUUUUUUUUGCAUGUAAAAUAUCAACAGUUGAAAUUUUAAAUGCUUAUAAUUAUAUUUUGGAAAGUUGAAAAGGAGAUUUGCGGUCAUUUAAAAAUUAGAGUUGAGAAGUACUUAAAAGCAAGUUAUUACUUUUGAAUUUUUAGAAGAUAUCUUUUUAUUCAUAGCAUAGAGUAUAUUCUGCUUUUAUAUUUUUGAACUACUAAUCAUUUAGUAUCCAGAUGUCAUGGAGCCAAUAAUUAAUGCUGUUGAAGCAAUAACAAAAAGGACUGAGGACCUUUUCAAAUUUUCUGCUGACACAAUGAGCCCAGACGAUGUCAAAACUUUAGGGGUGAGUUAAUCUACAAGUUGAGACUACUUAGGUGAAGCUAAUCAAGAGAAGAAAAAGAAAUGGUUAAAUGUUUUCAAAAUUUAUUCAUAAAGCUUUUAAAAUAUCAAAAACUCAGUUGCAUAUAUAUUGUUUGGGUUUUUAUAUCCAGCCCUGGAUGACAGCACCAUAAACUUAGGGGGAGUAAAAAAGAAAAAGUCACUAAAUAGAAUGAAAGUAUCCAAUACAGAUGUAACAACAAAUGGUCAUUGUUACUGCAUCAGUCUACUUUAACAUGGUAAGAUAAUCUGGUAGAUCCUAAGCACUUGUGUCCGUUUUAGAGGGUAAAAUCUUUCUUUUUUGAAACUCAGUUUAUUUUUAAAAAUAAAGGAAAAUAAAUUUUUAACUACAUGGACAUAAGACGUAAAUGCAUCAAAAUUGAAAAGACUCAUACUUUAAAAAAAUAAUAAUUAUAGUUAAGAAGCUUAAUUAAUUAAUCAAAUAAAUAAUACUACCCUGCUUUUGGUCUCAAUAAAUCAUAGGUGUUUGGCAACAAAUUUGUAAAAUUUUAGCUCCCACCCAUCUGACUAAAUUGUUUUUCCACUUGGCUUCUUUUCCUUAUUUGCUAAUAGUGGCACAUAGGUCAUUCAAAAAGUUGUUCCAUUAAUCUCUGCUUUGAAGUAUCCUUUUCAGCUCAUUCCAAUUCUUGCUACUCUUACUCUCUCCGUACUGUCUCUUCAUGUAAUCUGUGGUCUUCUAACACCCCUGGUAUUCAAUGAAAGAGACAUUGAUAAAAUUAAUUUUUUUUCCAGAGUGAGUGGCCAAUCCAUCUUUUCUGCUCCACUGGAUUGCAUCAUGAUCUUUUCCAUAUGAUCUCAUUUGAAAUCUGUCCAAACUGUAUAAAUAUAUAUUUUUCCCAACAGGACCUCAUUGAUUUAAAUCAAAAUCUCCUUAAUGCCAUGGGAGUUGGACAUCCCACUUUGGACAGGAUUGUAGCGGCUGCAAAAAAACAUGGUUUCUAUUCCAAGCUAACUGGGGCAGGGGGAGGUGGCUGUGCUUUUGUUCUUAUUCCUCCAGGCAAGUGAUCGUGUUUUUGUUUUCUUUAUUUAUGGUUUGAUUGACAGCUCUUAAUUGGGUUCAUGCAACUUACACAACUCAUUCAGCUUUUACAAAAAUUAACUUGCUGGAUAAUGAAUAUAAUUUAAGCAAGGAUAGAGAGAAUAUUACUUAUUAAUGCAUCAUGCUUUAAGAGAUACUUUGGUUUAUUAUUGUUAUUUAAUCAUUCUCCCAUGUAGAGUUGCAAGGCACAAUUUGCUAAAGUUCACUAGAAGUAAAGGCUGCAUGAACCCCUAUAUUAACUUUAUUAUGAUUCUUGCUGAGCUUCCUCCCCUUCACACAUACAUUUGCUUUUAAAAUAUUUAAACUUUUGUUUUGAUGCAUAUCUCAUGCUUAAAAUUUAUUCAUUGAUAACACGUGGAAGUUAAGAUGUUUCUUUGAAAUCUUCCCUUUCAAAAACCUAAGAAAUCAGGUAUACUGUCACAUUUAUCAUUACUUCUCUUUUUACAGAUACAUCAGAUUCCCACCUGCAAUAUUUUAACCAAGACCUCAACGAUCAGGGUUUUGAUGUCAGAUGGAAAACAACAGUAGGAGGUCAAGGUGUUCUUAGAGAAUUAUGAUGACACAUUGUGAUAAUUUUUUUACUGGAAUUGUUUUUCUUGAACUUGAAUUUUUUUACUGGAAUGGUUUUUCUUGAACUUGAAGAAAAAAAUAUGAGAAAGAAACUCUUCUUAUAUUUGUGUAAAAUAUGCUCAUCUUGUUGCCUUGUAAAUGAUUGAAAAUGUCGUGUAAAUGAUUGAACAAGUCCUGUAAAUUACUUUUGGUAUAUUCAUUUUCAUUAAGUAACUUCUGAUGCAAAUUUCUUUUUUACAAUGUUGACACCAAAUUGAUUCAGUUUUUAAAAUGUCUUCGUACAUGACUUUAUUUAUUUUAGAUUUCAAAUAAAGAUUUCAAUGUAUGAAAUUUGCAA